AUGGCCAGUCUUGCAUUCGCGGGGACGGAGUGUGUAUGGCCAGCUGGGAUCGAAAAAUGUUGGGGCUGCCCUCCAACCAACCCGGCUGAUUUAACUUCAGGUGUCGGCGGUUACGGCUUCGGACCUGAUGGCCUGCCUUGUUUUGGCGACACAGUUCCGAGCUGGGACCAAGGCCCAUCGUCAAAUGGCAACCCCUGUUCUACUGGCCCACCUGGCUUAUCAGGCAGCCCGGGUCGUCGUGUCUUCUAUUUGACGGUGACCUGGGGGACACGUGCACCAGAUGGGAACGCUCGAGAAAUUUUCCUCAUCAAUGAUCAAUUUCCAGGUCCGAAACUUGAGAUUAAUCAGGGUGAUGAUGUCGAGAUACAUUUGCUAAACAAGUCUCCUUUCAAUACGACUAUUCAUUUUCAUGGAAUUGAACAACACCGUACCCCUUGGUCCGACGGCGUACCUGGAAUCUCUCAGCGAGGUGUUCGUCCUGGAGAAAAUUUCAUUUACAGAUGGAAGGCAACUCAAUACGGUUCCUACUGGUAUCAUUCACACCAGACGUCUCAAAUUGAUGAUGGUUUCUUCGGCCCCAUCGUGAUACACCCUUCCAAAGAUCAGACGACACCGUUCAGCCUAAUAUCGAGCGAUCCCAAAACUCUGUGUGCCAUCCAAAGGGCUGUUGAUAACGUGCGCCCACUUAUGCUAUCUGAUUGGAGCAAGUAUACUGGUUCUCAACGGGCUGACUUCACCGUCAAGUCUGGAAUCGUCGACUUGUGCUACGAUUCGUUGUUAUUCAAUGGGAAAGGAAACGUCCGCUGUUACACCCCGGCGGAGUUACGAGCCGUCACUACUCCGGCACAGAGACCAGGAUUGUCACUAGUCAACGCCACGAGCCUCACUGCGAAAGGAUGUCUUCCUGCGAAAACCAUCUCUCUCCAGGCACCCCAGGUGGUGAAAGAUUUCUCAGCCUUACCAAGCGAUGUGUACGAUGUCUGUAUUCCUACAACAGGUUCUCGGGAGGUCAUCGAUGUGGUCCAAUCCGGAGACGGCGAGCAGUGGCUGGCGCUGGAUCUCAUUGCUACAUUUGGCGUGCUAGCCAUCAUGUUCUCCAUCGACAGCCACCCAAUGUACAUCUACGCCGUAGACGGCGCGUUUGUCGAGCCGAUACCCGUAGAGGCCAUACCGAUUCAGAACGGGGCGAGAUUUUCAGUUCUGAUCAAGCUGCAAGAUUUAGGGAACUUCAACAUGAGGGUAUCCUCCAUCGGGGCGUCGCAAUCCAUCAGCAACUACGCUACUCUCUCAUACCACCAAGCCGGCCAGCCAGCCCCAAACACGCCAUCCGUAGCAUACAUCAACGAUGUGGGAGCCAAUAUCACAGCAAAUGUCAGGGUCUUCUCGCAGACACAGAUGCGAGCGUUCCCACCAGUAACGAUUUCUCAAACCGCCGACAACACCUUCGUUCUCAGCAUGAUUGUGGCCGGACAGACGUACCUCUGGGCUCUGAAUUCAACAGUAUAUCCUCUGACACACCAGACCGAAGAGCCUCUUCUCUUCUUCCCAAAGCCUUUCCUGAGCAACAAUGUCACCGUUUCCACGCUGAAUGACACCUGGGUCGACCUCGUGUUCGUCACCGCGACCUGGCCUCAGCCACAACACCCAAUGCACAAGCACGGAGACAAGAUGUACAUGAUCGGGCAAGGCACCGGGCCUUUCCCCUGGGCAACUGUGGCUGAGGCGAUGCAGGCCGUCCCGGGGAGCUUCAAUCUCGCCAAUCCCCCCAGGAGGGACACGUUCGCCACGGCCGCCACGGUCAGCCAACCAGCCUGGCUGGCGGUCAGGUACUACAGCAACGACCCGGGAGCGUGGUUCUUGCAUUGUCACAUCUCAUCGCACUUCGACGGUGGCAUGUCCGUGGCUAUCCAGGAUGGUGUAGAUGUCUUCCCUGCUGUGCCUCCCGAGCCCGAUCCGGGGGAGUUCCUCACGGUCGCCGCAGUGCUCUCGCACCCUCUCUUGCCCGGCUCCGCCCACAACGGCGCUUGCGCGAUGCCCCAUUUAGAACAGCGCGGCGUGGUCGACAGCAAGUUAAGAGUGCACAAUGUCCAGGGCCUGCGGGUUGUGGACGCGAGCGUCUUGCCGCUCAUCACUAUGGCGAACCCCCAAGCCACCGUCUAUGGAAUGGCUGAACGGGCCGUGGAUCUGAUCAAGGCGAGGUGGGAGUGUCUAUCGUCAGCUUCAACGAAUGACACGAUUGUACAAGCCUUUCAACAUGGAAAUGACGACUCGAUUCGUUUCAUUAUUCUCCGCACGACUUUGAUUGAGGUUGUGCAGCGGUCUUCUAUUGGCCGCUAG